AUGGAUUACAAUGAUCAUAUUGAUGAUAGUGAUGAAGAUCAUUCUUAUGAUGUGGAAAACGAUGAAUAUGAUGAUGAGGAAUUAUAUGAUCUUGCUAUUGCUGGAUGUCAUGUUGCAGUGACAUAUUAUAUGAAAUAUAUUGAUAAACAACCUUGUAGAGAUUCUGAACAAAUUGGCUAUAUGUGGUUGAUGGAUUGUUUGACGGGUAAUGAAACGAAAUGUUACGAAAUGUUUAGAAUGAAGCCACAUGUUUUUCUUCAAUUGUGUAAUGUUUUACAACAUACAUAUGGACUUCAGCACACAAGGCAUAUUAGGCUUGAAGAGUCAAUAGGUAUAUGUUUAAUGAUACUUGGACAAGGAGCUUGUUAUAGGAUGGCUCAAGAAAGAUUCCAACAUUCUGGUGAGACUAUACACAGACAUUUUCAUAGAGUUCUGAAACACCUUAACAUAAUGUCAAUGGAUAUCUUCAAGCCUUCUGACCCUACAUUUAGUGUAGUUCCAAGACAUAUACAGAAGAAUCCAUUGUACAUGCCACACUUUCAGGACUGCAUUGGUGCCAUUGAUGGUACACAUAUCCAAGUUGUUGUUGGAGACGACAAGAAAGCUCCAUAUUAUAAUAGAAAGGGUGUGACAUCUUUUAAUGUGAUGGCAGCUUGCGAUUUUGAUUUACUUUUCACAUUUGUUAUGGCUGGAUGGGAGGGUGCAACACAUGAUACACGUAUUUUCUUAGAUGCCAUCCGUCGACAAUCUGUCAAUUUUCCAAAACCACCACCAGGAAAAUAUUAUUUAGUUGAUGCUGGAUACCCCUUAAGGAAAGGAUAUUUGCCACCUUAUAAGGGACAGAGGUAUCAUCUUUCAGAUUUUCGACGAGCUGGUAGAGGGAAUCACAUAGAAGAGAGGUUUAAUUAUGUUCACUCAUCACUUAGAAGUGCAAUUGAGCGAACUUUUGGAGUGUGGAAGAAUAAAUGGAAAAUUUUAAAGCAAAUGCCACCUUAUGACAUUAGGCACCAAAGAAACAUUAUAGUUGCUACUUGUGUUUUGCAUAAUUUUAUUAGAAAACAUGAUAGGGAAGAUGAGGGAUUCAAUUGGGAUGAACAUGACUUGGAUAGACCAAGAAGCAAUAGUAGUGGAGAAGGUAGUAGCAGACAGGCAAACGUUGAAAAUAUACAAGAUGAGGAGAUGAAAUUUGUUCGUGACAAAAUAGCUCGAUCCAUUUGUGGGUUGUAA